GUCAAAAGGCCGGCGUUCCACGGGGAUCCACGUCGCAGGCGGGUGCCCAUGGCGUCGUCAUCGUCGUGGCUGCUGCUCCCCUCCUUCCCGUGGCCUCCCCCGCCCCCUCCCGGCUCCUCCUCCGGCCGCGGCGGCGGCGGUGGAGACCCCGGGGACUGGAAGCCCAACGUCGUCGCGGCCUUCGCCGGCGCCCAACUCGGCCGCGCCCUCCGCCGCCGCCUGGCUGGCCUCCUCCGAUCGACGGAGGCGCGACAUCUUGGUGCCUUGCCAAGGAUAGGAGACAUUUGGUUUGAAGGAUCGAACUCACUCGUGACACACCCAAUUCUUGGCGUGUUGGGAAAUGCGCUUUCCACACCGUAUGCUUGCAGCUCUGUUUUGUUCAAUGGAAAUGGAUCGGACAGGAGAUACAUCGGUAAGGGAAAGUCGUUCUCCGGAAGGCCGGGUGGAAUCAAUUUGAAGAAGAGGCUUUGGACUAAUAUUCUUCUUGCUGUUAAUAUUCUGGCUUAUGUUGCUCAGAUAACUACGCAAGGAAAAUUACUUAUAUGGGGAGCUAAGAUCAACAGUAUGAUUGAUAGAGGAGAACUCUGGCGUCUGGCUACAUCAUCUCUUCUUCAUGCAAAUCUUGCUCAUCUUGCUUUCAACUGUUUUUCUUUAAAUUCAAUUGGGCCUAUGGUGGAAAUGCUAACUGGUCCUAGAAGAUUUCUUGCUGUGUAUUUCACUUCAGCGCUGACAGGUUCAUUAAUGAGUUACCGCUAUUGCGCAUCUCCUGCAGUUGGUGCAUCAGGGGCCAUUUUUGGAUUGGUUGGUGCCUAUGCUGUUUAUACAUGGAGGCACAGGAGAUUUUUGGGGCAUGGAAAAGAAAGCUUAGAGCACAUUGGGCGUGUUGUUGUCUUGAAUAUGGGUAUGGGUCUCCUUUCAAGGGGCAUUGAUAACUGGGGCCAUUUGGGAGGCUUGCUCGGAGGCAUGGCUAUGGCAUGGUUCCUCGGUCCAGCUUGGCAAUAUCAAUAUGUGUCAAGGGAUGGAAGAGCAGUGUUCAAAGAUAAUGCCCCCAUUCUCCAACUUAUAAACGGGAAAUGGUUGAGGUAGAAUUUUGCAUUUAAAACGGAUUCCUAGCUUGUGUGAGACACACAGAUUGAAGAGGGGUGGGGUUUGACAAUGCUAAGGUGGACUCCUAGUUUGGCAGAAGAAGAAAAAAAAAAGGCAUGGCUGAUGCUCAGCUAUUUCCAAGGAAACACCAGCUCCGUAUACUCUUACAGAAUCAAGAGCGGCAUUGAGUUCACCUGAGUCGUUAUUUUUGGAUAUAAGUUGCAAUUGUCUAUACUGUUAUGGAUUAUAGCUAGGCAAUACUCAAUAGUCACCUCCAGCAAUUGUAUUUAACAUGCUUACGAGGUGUUACUGGGCCCGAGUUACACGCACUGUGUACAUGAACUCAUAUUUGAUACAGCUAAUAUACUCAGUAAUAGCUUGAGUGUAUUAAUCUAUCGGCCUUUUUUUUCUUGGCGAUAUGAUGUGAGC